AGGCAUGAAAAAAUUAUUGCUCUACCUGCAGAUACUAUUUAUGGUAUAGCUGGACUGGUGGAAAAUGAACAAUCUAUAUCCAAAUUAUAUGAAAUCAAACAAAGAGAUUCCAAGAAGCCUUUAGCUAUAUGUUUAUCGAAACCAGAUGAAAUUGUUAAUUGGACACACACGCAAGACUUGCCAGAAGGUCUAAUUAAUGCAUUAUUACCAGGACCUACUACUCUAAUAUUAAAAAAAAAAAGACAGUCUAAAUGAAUAUGUAUAUCCUGAAAUUUCUAACAUUGGUGUCUAACAAGGGUACCAAACCACAAAUUUGUGACAGAAGUUGUGAAAUAUUUAAGAGAGCCAAUACCUUCAACUAGUGCAAACGUUAGAAAGACUAGAAGUACCCUUCACCCUUCAGAAUUUAAAGAAUUAUGGCCAAUGUUAGAUGGUAUAUUUUUUGAAAAAAUGGAAAUUAAAUCAUACAGCAAUUCAUGCAGGAGGGGUUCAACGAUUGACAUUUUUUAAGUUAAAAUCUCCAAUCAUUUAUAACAACUGCAAUUUAUUAUUCAACUAUAA